UCCUGGAACCACAGGCCUGUUACAGCACGUGCAUGUACGCCCAAAUACAGCCCCUAAAUAACAGGGCCGUUUCAGCAUGUACCACCCACGCCCUGCUUACAGCAUGCAACGCAUGCGCAGUAAGGAAGCACUGAAAUGCAGGUGAAUGUUCAUAUUCAUUACACUAUAGAUCUAUGAUUACACUGAUCGAACACAGAGAGAAUGAGUAAAGCCAACAAGAACAAGCAGCAGUUCACCAUUCCCUUUUCAUCGAGUGUACUUCCUCGGCCUGCAACAGAAAAAGAGAAACAGUUAGUGAAUAGAGAAACAGUGAGUAAAACAAAAACUAUGCUCACACACAGGGGUCAGGUACGAGUCGAGUUAGAAAAUGGGAAAUCUGGGGUAAUGACUGCAGGGACGGUUGAGAGUCUUCUCAAAGGAAUGCGGUCCAGCGGGAUAGACGUGACCAACAAAUCGUUGAUGGACAGCAGUGGGCGUUUGCUAUCUACUAAAACCAAAGUAGUGGCAGGGGAGAAGUAUCGACUCAAAUAUACAAAAACAGCGGGUGAAUCCUCUUCAGGCUCAAGUGCUUUAGUGGUACAGUCUAUACAAAACAAAGUCUUGCUGGAGAAUAUUCUCAAAGAGCUAAAGGAAAUUAAUACAAGGCUGGUCAAACUAGAAAGUGGACAACAGCAGUGCCUCCAAAAUGUCAAGACCACAAAACCUAUCUUUUCCGUUGAAAAAACAGAGUACAUGCAUACACUCAAGUCCAAACUGGGUGCAGUGUUUUUACGCUCCUUGAGGAGAGAAGUGGAUGAUGAAACAUUACAAUCACUGGCCACACAAGCAAUGGACAGAGAUGCAAAUGACCCCGAAAAAUUGGACGCAGUUUGCGGUGGUUAAAAAAGAAAUUUAGUGAGUACAGGGUCGAUGAGAGGAGAAAGGUCCUUGGAUUGAAUCCAUACGGCAAAUUCCCUGAAAGGAAAACCGAGACAGUGGCAAGGGAUAUGAUCGGAACAUUAAAGGCUCCAAUGAGCAGGGACAUUGAAAAAUGUUACCUCAAGAACUUGACACUCUUGAAGAAGUUUGUCAGAGAGGAAUCCCCCCGUGCUCGAGAGGAGGGGAAAAUGUAUGUACAAUUUAGAGAGUGGCUUGAGUAUCGUUUUGGAAAGUCUGGUGAGCCAUGCCCAGCAGAAUGGCAAACCAUACUAGAGGACGAUGGAACCAGUCAUACCGACGAAGAGUCACCAGUCGACUCUGAUCCAACCCAGCUGAGUCCUUAAGAAGAAACAAUGUAUAAACACAGAGCAAAGUAUUCAAGACUAUGAGUAUAAUUAUAGAUAUUAUAGCUUCAUUGUCUAUUACCUGCUUUGGAACUAAAGACGUACAUGUAGACUCUAUACCUUCUGUGAUUUAUGGUCCAUCCAUUAGACUAGACAUGAGCUCAAUAUUAAAGUACACCAGCAGAUUAGAAUACACGCACGUGG